CUUGUCAAGUACUGAGCGGAGAAGGAUACUGACUACUGAGCCAGGAGCUAUGUCGACGACGGCGCACAAGGUGGCGACGCACGCUGCGGCGGCGGCGGGCAAGAGGAUGCGGGGGAGGCGUCCGCCGAGCGUGGUGAAGGAGAUCGUGUACGGGAUGAGCCUGGGGCUCUUCGCUGGGUACAUGUGGAAGCUGCACCACUGGAGCAACCAGCGCCGCACCCGCGAGUUCUACAGCCUUCUCGACCAGGACAUGAUCACCGUCGUCGUCGACGAACCACAGCCGUCGCCACUGCCGACCGUCGACAAGCCGGUCGAGCCCCCGCCGUCGCCGCUGCCGAGGAGAGAUCACGAGGACUAA